UAAACAAAAAUCUGGUGGCAGUACUGCACCGUCGCAGGUUGGGUAAAAGGAGUGUCAAAGAGUGAUGUCAGAGAUGUUGUGAAUGAAUUAGUUUCAUAUGAAUAACAAUAAAAGAAACGUGCUCGUGCGGUUUGAACACGAAUAAAUGUAAAAGGAAGAGAAGCCGAAAGUAUGUCCCAGAGCACAACGAGCGGAACGUCUUCGCGCAGGCACGUUAGGGACCACGAUUCGGCCUCUAUAGCCUCUUCUAGAUUUGUUGACACCGAUUGGGAGGCUAACGAAGCCAUGAGACAACGAGAAUUAGAAGAAGCUAGAGCGAGGGCGACUCAAAUGGAAAAAACGAUGCGUUGGUGGUCUGAUUGUACGGCAAAUUGGCGUGAAAAAUGGAGUAAAGUAAGAAAUGAACGCAACACAGCCCGCGAAGAAAGUAAACAGCUUCGUUCGAAAUUAGACGCCGCUCUAAAAGACACUAAUUCAAUAAAACGCGAAAAACAAGAAGUAGAAAACCAAAAUGAGCAAUUAAAAAAGGAAAUAGAAAAGAUCCACAUAUUACUUUUAAAACAUUCUGGUCAAUUUGAAACUCAUAUUUUAGAAGCUUUGGGUGAUGAUCCACUGAAAGAUUUUGUGUUUAGUUUUAAUAAUUCUCCUGUAAAAGAAAGAAGUGAGAUGAAUGGUGUUUCAACGACUCAGGUAGAAUGUGAUAGUACGGCUACAUCUAUCAUCGAUUCUGAAAAGGAUUCAACGAUAGAGGAGUAUAUUUUACAAGGGGCAGUUCCUAAGCACGUUUCUGAUAGGGAUUCGUUAGAGAAACAGAAAAGUCCACACACGACGACUGAAAUUUUAAAUGGUUUAAAUAUAAGGGAUAGAAGCAGUCAUAAAGAAGACGAUGAAGAAUAUGUGAUACAAAAAUUGUCCAUGUUACAGUUGAGAUUAGAUGAAGCUACGAAAACUUUACAAGCUGAAAGAGAUCUUGCUUUUAGCGAAAAACUCGUUCUGCAUAGAAACAUUGAAAAAUUAACUGGAGAAUUACAAGAGUUAAAAGAAAAAUGUGAUGAAUUAAGAGAUGCAAAACAGGAUGCUGUUAGAGAGUUAUUACAACUUCAAGAUCAACAUCAAGAAGAGAUCUGUUUGUUAAAAUCUGAUUUAUUAGAAGAAUCUAAUACAAGGGAGAAUUUGGAUCGUAGGAUAAAUGAAUUAAGAACAGAAUUAGAACGACUACAAGCUGAAAAUGCUGCUGAAUGGGGUAAAAGAGAACGAUUAGAAACUGAAAAAUUAGCUCUUGAAAGAGAUAAUAAAAAAUUACGUUCGGAAUUACGUGAUAUGCAAGAAAGACUAGAACGAAAAGGACGGCCUAUAUCUAAUUCUGAUGCUGAAUUAAGACAUUUACAACAAGAAAUUUCAGAUAAAACUAAGGAAAUCACUGACUUAAAACAUACGCAAACGAAAUUAAAGAAAAUGGUACAAGAUAAAAUGACUGAAUUAGCACAUGCAGUAAGAAGAGCUGAACAAUAUGAAUCGGAAGUAAAAAAAUUAAGAACUCGAGUUGAGGAAUUAAAACGAGACUUAACGAUUGCCGAAGACGAAUUAGAUUCGUCGACGAAUACGAUUAGGAAACUUCAAAGGGGUAAUGAUGAGCUUCAAGAACAGGUCGAUAAUUUCCAAGUACAGUUACAACAUCUACACACAAGGUUGCGUAAUAGCAGUUCCUCAAAUUUGCUGUCCCAUCGUGGUACAAUUUUAAAUGAAGACGUUAGUGAUGAAGAGAUUAAUUAAUUUUAAAAUAAUUUAAGCGAUUGAGUUGUGAUGGUUACUUUUAGUUUAUAAUCAUUGCAGGCUUCUGAUACUAAAAAAGUAACUUAGGAUUUAAGAUCAUACCAUUCCUUGAUGUUCUCUUAAGUUUUUUAUACUAAACUACAUCUACUCACUGCCUAUUUACUGCUUUUAGUAUCAUUUAGUUUAGAAAUUCAUUCUAGGUAGGUUCUUAUUCUUAUUUAUAUGAACUUUUAUCUAUUUCUUAUGCAAAUUAUCGGAUACCUGCAAAGCCUAAAGAUGUACAUUUAAUUUAUUAAUUUAUUUAUAUUAACUGUAAAUAAAAAAAGUUACUUACCAAGUACCUACGAAUAUUACGAUAGAUAAUGAGCUAUUUAUUUUUGUAAUUGUGAACUGGUUGAUUCGUCAGUCUGACUUUAAAAAUUUCUAACGACUGAGUUUUUACUUAUAUGUAUCUACUUUUCUUAUUGACUUUUUUACACAAUCUCUAUAAAAUGCAAUUAUUUAAUCAACGUUUACAUUUGUUUAUAUAAGACUUUUAUUGUAUAAAGACGAGUAACAUCAAUAAACAUUCAAAUAACAA